AUGGCGCCUCCUACAGCAUCUGUGGUGGAUGACUUGGACGACCUCGACGAUGUACUCGAUGACUUCAACCAAAAGCCCGCGUCUUUGCCGGAGCCUGCGGAAGAUGCAGCGCAACACGCCACCGAAGACCCGCUGUCUGACGACUUUGUGCAGGAGCUAACAAACAAUAUGGAGAGCUUUAUGGCACAGCUGGGGAAGAAGGAGGCGGGAAAGGAUUUUCCGUCGGUGCCUCCGCCGGGUGCGAAUGCGACUGGGGCUGAGGACGAGAUGAUGAAGCAGUUUGAGCGCAUGCUUUCCAGCGCAGCGACUCAGGACACCACGCCCGACUCCGCACCCAGCGCCAUUGAGUCUAGCGAUGCAUCGCAGCCCGACUUUCAGGACGCAGUGAAAGCGACGAUGGAAAAACUGCGGGAAUCUAACGACAACGCAAGCAAGCCGUCGAGCGGUGCGGGGAAUCCGCUUGCGGGGCUGGGCUUGGACGGGGACGCGGAUAUUGCCAAGCUCCUCCAAACGUUGGGCGGAGCCGGCGGCGAAGGCGGCGACAUGUCAGAUCUCACAUCGAUGCUCAGCAGCAUGAUGGAGGACUUGAUGAACAAGGACGUGCUCUACGAACCAUUGAAGGAGAUGCACGCCAGGUUCCCCGACUAUUUUGCGUCUGAAAAAGGCAAGGCUCUUGCCGAGGAGGACCGGAAGCGGUUCAAGCAGCAGGAGGAGCUCAUGGGCCGCAUUCUGGCCGCAUUCGACGCGCCGGGCUACAGCGACGCAAACCCAGAGCGCAAACACCAAGUCUCGGAGCUGGUCUCGCAGCUGCAGGACCGCGGCGCGCCUCCGGAGGAGCUGCUUGGCGAUAUGCCCCCCGAGCUUUCCGGGCUGAGCAGCAUGUUGGGUGAUAAUGCGAUGGAGGAGAACUGUGUCGUUAUGUAG